UUUGUUUCGUUUUGUUUGUGUAAAACAUUUCUAGCCCAAUUGCCUGUAAUAAGUCAACGUGUGUUUCUCUUUACAUUUUUCCUCCAUUUUUUUUUUUUUUGCCUGUAUCAACUGUGAAAACUCAUAGGCAAUGGAGAUAGUACGGAAAGUUUGGCUUUUCACUGUUACGAUGGUACGGAAAGUUUGUCUUUUCACCAUUACAACAUUAAUAGCCAUCAACAUAUAUGAAGAAAUUAGUUAUGGGCCACCCGUCGAUGGUACAUUAUAUCUUCGAUGCACCAUGCCAUACAUAUAUCCCUUUGUUUUGUUUUCUCUCUUGAUCAUAUUUUACACCAUUGUCUUGACGUGCUCUGAUGCCAACACCAAUGAUGUUCCCAACGUGUUGUCUGAUGUUGAUUCAGAACAAAACCUGUUUGCAGAUGUUAUUAGCAGUGAUCAGAAUAUUGAAAGAGAUAACGGUGAACAACGUAUUCUUCAUUCAGAAAACAGACAAGAUGGAACUUCGGAUUUGUCUUGUUUAGACAUGAUUAAACCAAGUGAUUAUGUAUGGCUCGCUCAUCAACUGAAUCAAUGCGAAAAUGAUUUGAAUUCUUCGACUUCAUCCGGUUCUGAAGUAAUUCAGACUAUGGAUGAUCAUCAAAGGAGUCACAAUCUUCCUGCAGAGGACACACAUUCAGCACAUGAAGAAAGUUUUGAUAUAGAAGAAGAAGUUGGUGGUUCUGAAGAAAUUCAACCUAUGCAUCAUCAAAGGGACAUUGAACACAAUGAAGAAACAAACGAGCAAGUCAAUGGAACGUCUAGAGUAAACAACCACUAUCCAGGGGGAAUUACUCUUAAGGAUUUAGAACAACAAUAUGGAAAGAAGAGAAUCCAUGCUGCAGCAAUUUUAGGGGAUUAUAAUCAAACAGGCUCUUCAACUUCAUCGGGCUUGCAAGAGAUCGAAGAGAAUGAACCAAUCGAUUAUGGUUGGCUCACUAAUCAAACGAAUCAUCCUCAUGUAGAGAGCACAAGAGAAAAUGAAGAUAUUAGCGUGGGAGAAUACGUAAAUAAUGAUUUGAAUGCUCAAGAAAGUGUUGAUACUACUGAAGAAGUUGUUGGAUUGGACAAACACAUUGUAGUUAAGUGUUCAAAGAAUAAUAAAAAAAAAAAGUGUUCGAAGAGAAUUACACUUACGGAUUUACAACAACAUGCUGGAAAUAAGUUGCUGGACGAUACUGCAGCAAGUUUUGAGGUGAGUCGAAGUACAUUUAAGCGAAUCUGUAGAGAGAAUGGCAUAACAAGGUGGCCACGUAUACGAAAACAUGUAAAACCUGCAACUGCUACCUUAACUCAGAGUAUUGGCGUGAAAGUAAGUUACAAUGGUGAGAAUGUCAGAUUCCUGCUGAGUCUUUCAUCGGGGAAAAAGGAUUUCGAAGUGGAAAUUGAGAAGAGAUUUGAGAUGCAAACCGGAAGUUAUGGGAUCAAGUAUGAAGACGAAGAUAAAGAAUGGAUUCUAAUAAAGUGUGAUGACGAUUUACAUCAUCUAAUGAAUACUUGUAUGAAAAGGGGUAUAACUACAAUGAAGAUACAUGUUGGUUAAUUAUAUUAAGCCCCAUGAUUAUGCUCCUUAACUCAGCUUUUUCCAUGGCUUUGGUAUUGAAGUCUGCCUACACUCUAUCCUCUCCAUACACCAACAAUAACAUUGGAGUUGUUGUUGUUGUUGUAGUACCACGUUUGAGGUUAUUUCAAUU